CUAAGAUAUUUCCCUUGUUGGAAGAUGGUUUGCACAGCAAAUCAAGAACAAAAUCCCAGCUCCCUUCUUCCUCGUCACUCCUCCCCCAUUUGCCGAAACCUCCGAAAUACACCUCCGCUGCAGAAAUUCUGACAAGUAAUACGGGUGAAGAAGUAGAAAAAUGGCAAAUACGGAGCCUCCAAGCAGCAGCAACUCGGCUGUCGACUGCGGAACUGUCCCUUCCCUCGUUUCCUCCUUCAUUGACACUUUCGUCGAUUUCUCCGUCAGCGGCGGCCUUUUCUUGCCUCCAGACCCGGACCCGAUUAAGGACAGUAAUAGUCCGUUGCAAACUGUAUUUGAUCAGCCCACACGUCUCAUUGCCAUCGGUGACCUCCACGGAGACCUUCCCAAGGCCAAGAAGGCCUUGAGGCUCGCCGGUUUGAUCGGUCCAGAGGAUCGCUGGUCUGGCGGCUCCACCACCGUUGUUCAGGUUGGUGAUAUUUUUGAUCGAGGGGGAGAUGAGAUUAAGUUGCUGUAUUUCUUCGAGAAAUUGAAGAGGGAGGCUGCCAAAUCUGGUGGUCUGGUUAUUACCAUGAAUGGGAAUCAUGAAAUCAUGAAUGUGGAUGGGGACUUCCGGUAUGUGACCCCGGAGGGUCUCAGGGAGUUCGAGAAUUGGGGAGUGUGGCAAUGUGUUGGGAAUUCUAUGAAGAAGAGGUGUGAUGGGAUGGAUGAAAAUGUUGUGGUUAAGGAUUUAUUUGAUGGCGUGCCUGAUGAGUUUCCGAGGAUUAAUAAGGAGUUUCAGAAUGGAGCUAGGGCUCGUUUUGCUGCUCUGAGGCCUAGUGGCUUGAUUGCAAAUAGAUUCUUGUCGAAAAACCAGACAGUUGUUGUAGUGGGGGACUCAGUUUUUGCUCAUGGUGGGUUGUUGCAGAAACACGUUCUUUAUGGCUUGGAACGUGUGAAUGAGGAGGUUAGGGAUUGGAUUCGCGGGGUGAAGGAGAAGGUAGCCAAUCAGUUGGUGAGGGGAAGGAACUCCAUUGUUUGGCUGAGAAGCUUCUCGCAUGAGUUGGCCAAGGACUGUGAUUGUUCGAUGCUUGAGCACGUGCUUGAGACUAUUCCUGGGGUGAAGAGGAUGAUCAUGGGGCAUACAAUUCAGUCUGAUGGUAUUAAUGCUAUUUGUGGCAACCGUGCAAUAAGGGUUGAUGUGGGAAUGUCUAAGUUAUGUGGUGAUAAAUUUCCAGAGGUUUUGGAGAUCAAUGAACAUUCUGAACUCAGGGUUUUGACAUCCAAUCCUCUGUACUUUAAAGGAUAUGAGGCUCCUAGGCAUGCCAGUAAGAACAAUGGGCUUGGAUCAUUGAUUCCUGAAGAAAGAGCAAGGCAAGUCGAGGUGAAUGCUUGAGUGUUGAUGGGUUAUUGGGAUAUCCUUUCGUAUUUGAAAGAAUACAAGGAGUCAUUUCAUGGCAAUAAGAAGGGUGGGCUUGAUUCAGUCCCUGAAGUUGCUAGGCAAACUCAGGUGAAUGCUUGAGUAUUGAUCUGUUUAAAUGCCUCAAGUUCGUCAAGGUUUACUAAUUCUUGGAGUUGUUACUCCUUUCAAUUGACCUAAUUGCCAAAAUAGUCACAGGCAAAGGUGAUCAGAAAAUUGUUAGAUACCUUUAAUCAUGAACGGUGACAUUGUUCAGUUGUUAAACAGCUCUGACCCUUGUGAUUACAUACAAAGCAUAAAGAGGAUAAAAAGUGUGGAUUAGGAAGUCAAGCUUAUAAUCCUGAAGGAGCUAAGGGAGUUUUUGGGUUAUGUGCAGCAACUGUCUGGACAACUUGAGUAACCGAAUUUCUAUGGGGCAGAUGGACUCUGAUUUGCUCAAUGGAAUUAAAGUAGCUGCAUCAUGUCCUGCAUGAGUUUAUUAUGAAUAGGUUGUUGAAAAACCAGACAAUUGCAGUUGUCUGAGUUCCUAUAUUUGUGUGCUGUGAAUUUGUCUUAAAUAAGUUUUUCUGUGAAUUUGGAGCUUCUGAAUGAAGGGUGAAGGAAAUUGACGUGGAGGAGGAGCUCGUCUGGCACAAUCUUGGAGACCCUUAACCAAAUGUAAAGAAGGUUAAGGGUCUAAAGAUACAGUACUACCAGGAUGAUGAUUAUGUUGUUGAAUGUUGAUGAUGUUCAUGUGGGGAUGGAGUAGGUAGGCGUGGGAGGAGGUCUUAUACUGAGAGUUAGAAGAUAAUUUACUCUUGGUCUGUGUGCUUGUGGGGAAAAAAUGAAUUGCAUUCAAAGACUGUAUGUGUGCGUUUUUUGUUCA